CUGAAAAGUGAACUGUCGUGUUAGCGGUGUCGGACUUCUCUCUUUUAUUUAGCUUUUAUUUGGCGGUUUUUUACAUUUUUUUUAAGCACAGCCGUGAGGGUUCACGUUAUUAAUAGGAAAAGCCGACGUCGUAGCCAACUUAGAGGAUGUUUUAAUAAAGUUCCUGACGCGGUUUCUUUUUUUUUUUUUGAGGAACCGGUGGAAGGCGGACACCACCAGCGAUGGAUAAGCUAACUGUUAGCUCAGUUGUUAGCCGAGUGUCAUAGAUCAUAGCAUAGGCUCUAGCUAGCAUGCUAACAACUAGCUAAUCAGGUAUUUUUCGGCUAGCUAAGUUACUUUAUCUGUCGUAUCGAAGUUGUUAUUCUUUGUGGGCCUUUAGUUUCUCACAGCGGCGAGUUUGUCCGAGGCCGGCUAAGUCGGGAGAGACUCGGUUUGUUAAAGGAAACGACUCACGGUGCGGUAUUAAUUGUUGAGAGGUGGCGGCUAGUUCGUCUGUCAGCUCAGACUAUGAACAUGCUAUCCAACGCUCAGAACCAACCACUGUUUCCAAACCCGGCGGGCCAGCAGAACCCGGGCGGGCAGCAGAAUCCCGCCGGUCAGUUCGUCCCCUUCCACCCGAGACCCAACCUACAGAUCAAGAAGAACGCCGUAACAGACGACUAUAAAAUAACCAGCCAGGUGUUGGGGCUGGGGAUCAAUGGCAAGGUGCUUGAAAUCUUCCAGAAGAAGACCGGGGACAAAUAUGCGCUGAAGAUGUUACAAGACUGUCCCAAGGCCCGCAGGGAAGUGGAGCUUCACUGGAGGGCUUCACCUUGUGCCAACAUCGUGCGCAUUGUUGACGUUUAUGAAAACCUUUAUCAGGGCAGGAAGUGUCUGCUGAUUGUCAUGGAGUGUAUGGACGGCGGUGAGCUUUUUAGUCGAAUCCAGGACAGAGGAGACCAAGCCUUCACAGAGAAAGAGGCAUCUGAUAUUAUGAAGAGUAUCGGAGAGGCCAUUCAGUUCCUGCAUGCCAUUAACAUUGCACACAGAGACGUUAAGCCAGAGAAUUUACUGUAUUCUUCGAAGAGGCCCAGCGCUCUUCUCAAACUCACAGACUUCGGCUUUGCCAAGGAAACCACCUCGCACAACUCGUUAGACACUCCCUGCUAUACACCCUACUAUGUUGCUCCAGAGGUUCUUGGCCCAGAGAAAUAUGACAAGUCGUGUGACAUGUGGUCGUUGGGUGUCAUUAUGUAUAUCCUGUUGUGUGGGUACCCUCCAUUUUAUUCUAACCACGGCCUAGCCAUCUCUCCAGGGAUGAAGAAGAGGAUCAGGAUGGGCCAGUAUGAGUUCCCCAACCCUGAAUGGUCUGAUGUAUCAGAAGAAGCUAAACAGCUGAUCAGGACGCUCUUAAAGACUGAGCCGACCCAAAGGAUGACCAUCACGGAGUUCAUGAAUCAUCCCUGGAUCAAUCAAUCAAUGGAGGUUCCUCAGACCCCACUCCAUACCAGCCGAGUUUUAAAAGAGGAGAGAGAUGCGUGGGAGGAAGUCAAGGAGGAAAUGACCAGUGCCUUGGCAACAAUGAGAGUCGACUACGAGCAAAUUAAAAUCAAGACCAUCGAAGACUCGACCAAUCCACUGCUAACAAAAAGGAGAAAGAAAGCCAAUAAUCCCAUGCAAGACCCGAAUUCUGCUGCUCACUGAAAGAUGCACGCUUGCAUGCACAUACAACACAAGUUGUGAAAAGGAAGCAAUAAUUUGUCGACACGUGUCGCGUUGCAUGGGUUUCUUUCAGUGUUUUUUAUUUUUUCCUUGGCAAAGUCUAUUGUUUCAUAUUAGUGUUUGUUUUUUUUUGUUACUGUACCAUUUUAACAAGUUCAUCGUUUUGCCCCGGCGGAGCGAUGAGUCCAUUUAGUGUUUUUUUACACCAGUUUUGAGAUUAUGAAAUCCAGAAGAUAUCAGGGUGUGUACUCGGAGGGGCUUGAAUGUUGGAACAAAACAUGAAGCCUUAGCAUUAGCAGUAGUUAUCUUUUAGCCCACUGCCCUCCUCUAGCUUCAGCCCCCCAACCUGUGAAUGUUAUCACACGGCUAAAUCCCAAAAAUU